UCCAAUCAGCUUUAUUCCUGGGUCUUCAGGGAAUGGGGCAAAAUAACUAGGGUGGAGCCAGAUUUUCCCAGGGUAAAACUUGGUUUCCAGGCAGUGAAAGUACUCAGUGACAAGAUUAUAAGGGACUGUCACAGAUCAACAGCAUAACGUCUCUACAAAGAGCAUGGGCUCAAACUAACAUGGAUACCAUCUUGGUUUUCAGCUUAAUCAUUACAUCCUCUGAUGCCAACAAGAAAGAAUUCAGAGAUAGCAGCUGCCAAGUGGCGCUGCCUAGGCUUUUCCCAAAGGAAGUGAGAAGCAUCGGGAAUGUUCUAAUGCAAGAAGCUCAGGCAGAAGCCAAAAGGUCCACAUUCAUUCAAAAUCAGACUGUGGCUACCCUAGAGUGCCUGGGCUCUGGGAGCAAAGUGAAAGUCAACCUCGUGUAUUCGGAGAAAAGGCCAAAGGUCAAGCACACUCUGAAGAACCUGAUAAUCAUUGCUGUUCCCCGAAGAAAAAGAACUGCCUCCCCAAACUGUCGUCUAAUCCCCACAUCCAAGUUUCAGACUGGAUCCCUUCUAUCAGGCAAAGCCUUUUUACCAGGGAUCUCCCAUUGUAAGGUCUAUCCGGUGACAUGGGCUGCAUCAGAGAAUUUUCCCACUACUAUGACCUCCGUAACUCCUGAGAAUAAAGAAGGAGACAAAACUACAAACACAGAUGAGAACCUAGAGAAGAGGCAGAAAUGGAGCAUUGUGGUCAAAUUUCUGAUUGCUGUCACCCUGUUGCUCAGUGGAGUUACCAUUAUAGUGUUUGUCAUUUUUGAAGUCCCAUGUCCUAGUCAAUGUCAGGGUGCCAGAGAGCGAUGCCAAUGCCAAAGGUUGUGGAGAAUGAAAAGGAAGGAAGACCAGCAACCUGGGGCAGCUGAAUCCCAGCCUGACUCUCAGCACAAAAAGGAAAGUGUUGAACAAGAUACUUCCAACCCGUCAAGCCCAAAGAAAGCUGUGGAGAUCACUAUUGUCCACGAGACGUACUUCUGAAAAGUUCUGCUCUGCUCCACACAUUGAAUGAAGGAUACUACACCCUCUUCUCCCUAUUAUUAAUCCAUAUGGGCAAAUUCCUGCCAAUUUUACACACAUAUCUUCAGCAGGGGUAUUACAAUCAAACAAUAAUGCCAGGACAACAAAGGGGAAGCGGUCACUUCAUACUACUGCUUUUGACUUAGCCACAGGCCUCUGAGAUGCACUUUGUACUUCCCCCCAGAAACGGAUAUUUUUUCAUCCAUCUGAUGAAAACAAAAGGUCUUCCCUCUAAGCACUAGGAAUGAAUGUAUUGCUCUUUUUGACAAAAGGCUCUCUUUGAUAGCCUCCAAGGAACUGGGCAAAGCAGCCAUUAGUGUGGCAUAGUUCCUUGGCUCCUCUGUUAACAUGUAAAGCUAUUUCAUGCUCCCUGGUUCUCAAAUGACUUGGUAUGGGGUUUCUAUUUUCCCAGGCAAAUGUUCAUAGCAUUUUAUGAGUUAGCCCCUGCCACUACAUGUAGCUACCCGCACACUGGUAAAGAGAACAUGACCUUAAGUAUUCCAAAAGUACUCAUCUUAAGUCAUCCCUAAGGGGCUUGGGGACUGCACACAAAGAGGACCCAGACGAUGUCUCCUGACAAUCCACAACUCCCAAAAUGAAUCUGACAUUGUACGCUACCAUAAUAGUGAGCUGCAUACAUUUUGAACAAGGAUUCCAGAGCAAAAUGGUUAUGAUGAUCUUUUCACAGAGUCAUAGGUAUGGGUCAAGUCUGACCUGCUUAAGUAAGAGUUUGGUGAGAAAAUGGAAAUGGCUAAUCUGAAGGCACCAUUUAGGUAAAAAAGGGAACGGCAGAAGGGAUAAGACAGAGCGCUGUCCUUCUCUUCAUAAGCCUGGAAACCAUCAUAUCUCAUUUUGGUGAAAUGUGCCUGUUUCUAAGUAAUUUGGUUUUCUCAGUUCUCUGGUAAAAACCAUAUAUGAAUUGUAUCCUACAUUCUUUCACUUCAAGUGCUGUCAAAAAAGUGAUUCUCAAAACUAUACCAACAGGGAAACGAUAUUGCCCUAAGCCCUGACUUAAUAUUCAAGGUGAGCCUGGAAGAGCUGGAGAAGAUACAAACAUGGUAGGUGAUAAUUUUCAAGGAAGCCCUAGAGAUCCUUGAGUGCUCUAAGGAAGGAGUUUUGAAAAUAGAGUAGGUGCAGAAGACAGAGUACUGGGGCUGUCAUUGGGAUAAAUGAGUGUAUUACUUGCACUCUGCCACUGAUUUGCAUCACCUCCAGUUUAUCCUGCUAUCUGUGGCUCAGUCUGACCAUGAAAAGGGGGAAAAGAGUUUGGUUGAUCCCAAGACCACUAAGAAAGACGAUCAAAGGCAUUCUAUACUUAGAAGUUCUUGGCCUAGAACUGAUACCAACAUUCAUCCCCGCCCUUCCCAGUCUCAUUUACCACAGAAUGUCCUUUAAUCCAGAAACAUGAGAUUUUCCAGGAGAUGAAACCUGUGGCAAAGUUCAUACUCAUUAAUUCUUCUGCAAGACUGUAAUUUGGGUAACAUUCAUACUGACUUUCUUUAUAGAAAUUCACUAAUGGAAUAAAAAUUAUUUAUUUUGCUUUGGGAACAAGUUGUUUCCUCUGACAAAGCAUGGUCCCUCUAAGGAUUUUCAGACUUCCUAAUCAGUUAGCCAUUUUGAAUCCCAUAUUCUCAAACCAGUGGGGAUCUUUGAAAACUAGGAAAUGGGAAAGACAGCAGAAGGGAAGGGAGAACUCCUAUGUGGACUUUGGGAUGUGAACCUCCGUAUGCAGAUCACUUCACAGCAGGGCACAAUUCUCCCUGUCAUCUAAAUCAUAAGCUCAAGUUGAUAAGUCACUGUUUCUAUGGAAUGCCAAUUAUUCCUCUGGGAAAUGACAAGCCAGAAAGGUUAUUAUUGCAAAUUUCUUCUCAUUAAGUUCCCACAAUUUCUUUUUUGAUUAAUGUACAUGUUCAUUGUAACAACUUUUAGAAAAUACAGGAAAGUAUAAAGAAAAAAAUUGUACUUAAUCCUUCUCCCACAGAUAAGAACUGUUAACACUGUAAUAAGUCUCUUUAUAGACAUUACAUAUACACAUUCACAUAAAAAGACAUACGUUUCACAAAUAACACAGUACUCAUCAUACCAUUUGUGAGGAUAAGCACUGCCCACUUGUAACCUUUUGUUCCAUGUGUCCCCAUGGCCCCCUCUUUCAGACAGUAUGCUAGAUACGGUGUGUUGAUGGCCUGGGGCUGGCCAAAUCCAGGCCCACCUUAUCUGUGAAAACAUUUUAUUGGGUGGCAGACCCCUCUGACCAAGGUUUUGCUCCUUGGAGAGCUGAUCACACAAUAAUGAUCCCUUCUUGUAAAGCACGUAGUCUUUGUCCCUCAACCUGGCACAUAGGUAAUCAUUAUCUCCUCACCCCAUUUAAUCACCCCACUUAAACAGUUCCCUUCCUAUCCACAACAGUGGCGUGCAACCUUGUCCAGCCAACCGUGGACUCCCUGUACCUAAGUCCCAACAAACCUCAUGUCUCAUAUAGCAUCUCCAGGUAUUUCCUUCAGUCUUUCAGGCACUUUCCCUUCACAACUCGCCCACUUAGGUGUGCAAUCAGACCUAUGAUCACACAUCGUUUUAAACCUAUCUCUCUUUUUUGGCUAAUGGUUUACUACCAUAUUUUCAGUUAGCACAAGUAUUAAGUUGUGCUUUUUUUAAGUCUUAGAGUAAGAGCACUGGAAGUCAUUCCACCUUUUUUAAGGACCUGAAUCACCCCAGUACUUUUCGAUAGAGCCAAAGAUUAAUAUAGGUAGUUCCUUAGGACAGAGAACGCACAUUCACAAAAACCUACAAUUUAAACUUUGGAAGGUAUUGCUGAAUUCCACUGGGUAAAUAGUUGUAAUUGUGAAUGUGUUAAAAGAAUGA